AUGGAUCCAUUGAAUGAGUCCGAAGAAGGCGGCACCAAUGCCCCCGAUCGUCCCUCCUGCCAAGGGUGCCGUAAGCGCAAGUUGAAGUGCUCACGGCAAUCACCGACGUGCUCCCAAUGUGAACGGCUAGGGUCGCCGUGCGUCUAUGAUGCGAAGAAAGGCAAGCCUGGGUUGAAGACCGGAGCUGUGGAAAGCUUGAGUCGCCGUAUCGAAGUACUUGAGGACGCACUUCUACAAGCAAAAGAAAAUAAUAGUGGGCAUAACAGCAAUGAAUUCCGGUCGCAGAGCCCAGGGAAUGAGCGACUGGACGGCGUUGUUAACCUUCUAUCCACUGUUUGCAUGGAGCUGUGUAAGUUCAAUAAUCGAAAUGACAGCCGGUCCCAUGACUCAAGCUUCAACUCCAUGGCUCGCCCGCCCUAUAAUGGCGAGUCGGUCGGCACGCCCUCCCAGCCAGAUGGCUAUGAGAUACACGGUUCACCCUAUGCUCGGCCGCGAAAGCGAAGACGGAUUGAUAGCUGCGGAAACCCUAAAAUCGAGCUUGCCUUACCUUUGGAAGAUCUUCUAGAUGCUACGACCAGUCUUCCUCCCUCAGAGCUUUUGGAAAAUAUCGUGACCGCAUAUUUUAUCAACGUCCAACCAUGGAUACCUAUUCUUCACGAGACGCGAUUUCGAGCUCGAGUACAUGAUCCGGAGCAGCGGACUCGGUUGGUUAUUGUGAUUCAUGCAAUAAUCGUUGCAGCUAUCCGUUUUGCGCAUCCUGAGGCUCAUGGCCUCUCUACAACGGACGUGGAGUCCCAGACCAGAAAGUCGAGGAGCAUUGUCGUUUUGAAUGCGAUGGACAGUCUAUCGGUGGAGCAUCUUCAGGCUUUGACGAUCAUAGCUUUUGAUGACAUUGGAAAUGGGAAUACCUCCAGAGCCUGGUCAAUAGUUGGCUCUUUAACACGAACCGUGGAAUACCUCCGCUUGAGUAUCGAGGAUGAGGAUGAUGAUACACAGAGAUUAUUGAAGCCAUUACUAUCUUUACCACCCUCUAAGGAAUGGGUUGAAGAGGAGGAAAGAAGGCGGGUCUUUUGGAACAUUUUCAAUUUGGAUCGAUUCUGUUCUGUUGUAACAGGUUGGAAUACAAGUCUCACAGCAGAUGAUGUACACAGACGGCUACCUGCGGAUGGUGGCUUGUGGCAUCGAGAAGAGCCAGUAACAACGCCGUACUUUGGAAUCUGGGAUAGAUCUGAAGCGCGAAUUGGCAACUCGAUCGCUUUUCUUCCCGCUCAGUACUCUAACAAUCCGAAGAGUCCUAAACCUGUGCCCGAUUCCAACUCGCCGCACAGCUCACCGCAAGACAUUUCUCAUCCUGUGCCCAACUCAGCGCAGCCAGACAUGUCGACCGUCGGGGCUUUUGCAUAUUGCAUCGAAGCAACUGAGUCCCUGAGCAGGGUCACAACGUUCUUCCUCCAACAGAAAAUCAACUUCCAGGACCGACGGGAUGUCAGUAGUUGGUUAACCAGAUUCAAAGAGUUAGAUCUAAGAUUAGUGCAUUGGAAAAUGUUCCUGCCGCAGAAAUGGAGGGACUCAAACAUAUCACGCCAACCGACGUUGAUUCACAUGGAUCCUAACUUGACCCUUACUCACGUCACUCAUAACACAUCCAUGAUCCUUCUGCACCAACGCAUCGCGUACCCACCCGCUGAGUGGGCCAACAUCGUUCGACUCCCGAGCGUUUGCAGCGCCGAAACUUGUCAGAACGCCGCUAUCGAAAUCCAAAACAUGACUGCCAAGUAUCUCAGUAACACAUUGGAGUCAUCCCCCGUGAGCAAUCAAUUCAUAUUUUGCGUGUUUGUUGCGGCGAGAGUUCUUCUAGUUCACUGGCGUUAUUAUGGAUCCGAACUUGCCCAAGAAAUGUGGGAAUUAGUCAACAGUCUAGAUCAGAUGGCCUACAGAUGGCUUGGGGCGGGCCCAUCAAGCACAGGUCGCGGCCAUUGCCUCGCAAGCACCUACGCAGAUCACUUACGAGAUUUGCACCAACGUUGCAUUGCCGCUCCUCAUUUUAGUGUCGACGUACUAGGAUACUCUACAGUCGUCUCAAACCCACAGACCCAAUCCGCCACUCGAUCAGUAAUGUCUGGCCGCACACCUGCAGAACAGCACCACCAGUCCCGCGAUGAGCUGCCAUACAACGCGAAUCCCGCUAUGUUCGCCAAUUACAGUGCAACAGACACUCCCACCGGCCAAGGUGUAGCUUCCUCUGAGCCCCCUUGGGCUAUGAAUAAGGGGGAUCUGAGUCGAGGACAAAUGGCCAGCGAUUUCGUCGAUUCUGGCAGAGGCCCAGCAGUUGCAACGGGAGUCACUCCGGGGGUGGAUUAUUCAAUCAAUUGUGUGGCACCCGCUGAUGAGCUUUCCAACAUUUCAUAUCUGCUGUUGGAUCAAAGAUUUAUGGAUAUGGAUCGCGUGAUCAGUCUAGAUGAUAUGAUGUUUUCCACGAACAUGGCAGCGUCAGUGAAUGGCGCGACUGGUUGA